GUCUCAAUUACUAUCAAAGCUAUGCCAAUCUCCGCUGCUGAAACUCCACUCUUGGAUGACACCGUUGAUGGCUGCCUUGACUACAAAGGCCGACCUGUUCGCCGCUCCACCUCCGGUUGUUGGAGAUCCGCUUCUUUCAUCAUAGCCGUCGAAAUUGCUGAGAGGUUUUCUUAUUACGGCAUCUCUUCAAACCUCAUAACUUACUUGACGGGGCCUCUGGGCGAGUCCACUGCUACCGCCGCCGCACAAGUCAACGCCUGGUAUGGGGCGGCCUCGCUUCUGCCUCUCUUGGGUGCAUUCAUUGCUGAUUCUUUUCUUGGCCGAUACCGCACUAUUAUUCUCGCUUCCCUUGUUUACAUUUUGGGGCUAGGUUUGUUGACUCUGUCAGCCACACUUAGUUCUGUCAGCAGUUCUGGUGGCCAAAAUGCAGAUAAUGCUGCAUUGAAUUCUUCACCUCAGUUUCAAGUGAUACUAUUCUUCUUCUCAGUGUAUCUAGUAGCAUUUGCACAAGGUGGGCACAAACCAUGUGUUCAAGCUUUUGGUGCAGAUCAAUUUGAUACUCAAGAUCCAAAGGAGUGUAAAGCGAAGAGUUCUUUCUUUAAUUGGUGGUACUUUGGUAUGUAUACCGGUACCUUAACAACCCUAUGGAUUUUAAAUUACAUUCAAGACAAUCUUAGUUGGGUUCUUGGAUUUGCGAUACCUGGAAUUGUGAUGGCUGUUGGACUGGUUAUUUUCGUACUUGGAACAAUGACUUACCGAUAUAGUGUGAAGGGGGAUGAAGAAAACCCAUUUGUGACUGUUGGUCGAGUGUUCAUUUUGGCAGUUAGAAACCAGAAAACAUCCUAUUCAGCAAUUGCUGCAGAGGAAGAAGCCCAAGGAACUCUUUCUACUGAAAGUUCCAAGCAAUUCCGAUUCCUCAACAAAGCCUUGCUUGUGCCGGAUGGUUCAAAGGAACAAGGAGUGGUGUGCAGCAUCAGAGACGUUGAAGAAGCAAAGGCUAUUAUAAGGCUUGCACCAAUAUGGGCUACAUGCUUGAUUUAUGCAAUCGUCUUUGCACAAUCAUCGACCUUCUUCACCAAGCAAGGAGCUACUAUGGACAGGUCAAUUACAACAGGCUUUGAAAUACCUGCUGCUUCACUUCAGUCGUUCGUUAGCCUUUCGAUUGUUCUUUUCAUUCCUGUAUAUGACCGCAUUUUCGUCCCGUUAGCAAGAGCCUUGACAAGGAAACCAACCGGUAUUACAAUGCUUCAAAGAAUCGGAACCGGAAUGGUAAUAUCUGCUAUGUCAAUGGUAAUUGCUGCUAUAGUGGAGAUGCAGAGGCUUAAAAUUGCUGAAGGAAAUGGACUGGUAGAUAAGCCAAAUGUGAUGGUUCCAAUGAGUGUAUGGUGGCUGGUCCCUCAAUACGUACUAUUCGGAUUAGCCGAUGUUUUCACCAUGGUUGGCCUUCAAGAAUUUUUCUAUGAUCAGAUGCCAAAUGAAUUAAGGAGUAUGGGUCUUGCGCUCUACCUUAGCAUCUUUGGUGCUGGGAGCUUCUUAAGUAGCUUUCUCAUCUCCACCAUUGAGAAUGUGACAGGUGGGCAUGGCCGAGAUAGCUGGUUCUCAAAUAAUCUGAAUAGGGCACAUCUCGAUUACUUUUACUGGCUGCUUGCUGCACUUAGUGCCAUGGGCUUGGCACUCUAUAUAUGUUGUACAAAAUCUUACAUUUAUGCUAGAAGGGGAAGGGCGUUCUAAAUUUAUUAAGAAACAAACAAAUAUAUAUUGUAUUUUCAAUAAUGGAUUUAUAUUAUAAAAU